CAAAAAUAGUUAUUUAUGUGAUCGAAUAAGAGUGAACAGCUGUCACCUUUUGUACAGAAGUGAAUCGUCAUCACAGUCAUGCCGAAAUUGUAAAAAUAGGGUGAGCAUGGGUGCUGAAAAUAGUAUUUUGAGUGAUUGUGAAUGGGGAGAAAAAUUUCCAGUGACUGCCAACUCGGACUGGUCGUUACAACAAGCCACGACACAGAAUGGACUCAACAUCACGGUUUUUCAACACAAGAGAAAAGACAGAAAAGAGGUUGAUUUGUUAAAGAAAGCUGCGAAGUAUUUGAAGACCAUACGACAUCCAUCAAUCCUGAGAUUCAUAGCAUCGGGCGAGAGUUCAGAAGGAUCCUAUUUAGUCACAGAAGAAGUUUUUCCACUAGAAUCAAUCAUUAAGAAUUUGUCAGCCAUUGAAAUUUGUGCUGGUAUUUAUGAAAUUUUAGAAGCUUUAGUUUUUCUUCAUGACAAGGUUGGAAUAUCUCAUAAUAAUAUAUGUUUAUCAUCAAUCUAUGUAUUAAAAGAUGGCAGCUGGAAACUCGGAGGUCUCGAACAUUGUUGUCUAUUUAAAGAAGCCACAGUUCAGUUUCUAGAAAAAUGUCGAGCGUUUCGAAAUGAAGAUUCUGUAUCACCUGAAGAGAAGGCUGGUAAGAGUGAUACAUCUGAAAGUCAUGGUUAUGUUCGAGAUGUUUAUUCUUUUGGUAUGUUGAUAGAUCAACUGUUAGAAUAUCUAGAUCCUCUAGGAAAAAUAAAAGAUAAUUUUGAGAAGAGAAUUCAUACUGAAUGUUUAAAUAUUGAAGCCAGUCAGAGACCAAAUCUAAAUUCUCUUUUAAAUGAUCCACUAUUCAAAAAUGAUUUUAUAGAUAUUAUAAAGUUUUUAAAAAAUAUCACAGUUAAAUCUGAAGAUGAAAAGAAAGAAUUUUUCAGUUCCUUAACAUCCAAGUUAUUAGCAUUACCAGAGCCUCUUAUAUCCAGACGUUUAACUAGUUUAUUAUUAUCAAGAUUUAUUUUACUGGAUAAUCAAGCCAACAAAUUUUUACUGCCGCAUUUAUUAACCCCUUCAAAUAAUAAUGAAAGAUCUAGUAGUAUAAAAGCAGGGAAGAUAACUCCAGUUUUAAGUCGUGUUGUAUAUAAAGAUCAUGUGAUACCGUUAAUAACUAAUAUAUUCUACGUACGAGAAACUAAUAUAAGACUCACUUUACUCAAAUAUUUCUCUGUUUAUGUGGAAUUAUUCGAUAUGGAGGUUUUAGAAAAUGAAAUUUUUCCCCAUUUGUUAUUGGGAGUAAGAGAUAAUGAUGAUAAAAUAGUGAGUGCUAGUCUCCACGGUCUAGCUGAUAUAGUACCUCUACUAGGAGGUGAGGUGGUGAUUGGUAAAUCUCGUAAACAAUUCUUUACCCCAGGAUUACCUAAGGUAAAUAAUAAAAUAAUAGCUGAUGAAAUGAAGAUUAAGUCUAGAAGUGUGUCUGAUGUUUUUGAUAAAAAGAUUUUAUUGAAAGAUAUAGCUGGAGGUAAAAACGGUGAGAUAUCAGUGGAAGAAGAGAAGAAAAGAAAGAUGGCUGAAAGAGAGAGAAGACGUGAAAUGGCUCGAAUAAAACGUGAAGAAAGAAAACUAAAACAUCAGGAAGAAACCAAGGCUGUCAAACAGAAUGGUACCGUUCAUCUUCCAAUAGCAGACUCUCAGGAACCCAUGGAACCAAGCUCCACAGAUCUCCCAAUGAAUGGUCACAUGACUACACACGAUAUAGAAUUAAUAGAAUCAGAAGAGAGAGCCACUGAUUGGCCAGAAUGGGAAAACGCUGAACACAACCUAGAGAUCAAUGAUGACCUUGAACCCUGGAAUAAUGACCCUGAUCUUGACAAGUCAGAAAGUGAAAGUAUCGUGUCUGAAAGUGCAAUAAGUGAAGAAAUUGAAAAUCAACUAUUGAGCAUGCCCACUACAAUUGAGGAUUCGCCUCCACAGAGGAGCAAGCCAUCUCUGGACGCGAGUUGCGAUAUAGAUAAUAAUUGUCCGAGUGUGACCACUUCACUUAAGGAAUCUGAUUCCAAGAAUCUUAAAAAAUCUCCUCGCUCAAACUCAAAUUCCACAAGCAUUCCAUUGAAGAAAUCUCCAUUACAAUUGAAGACAAAGGGAGAUAAGGCAAUCACCAGAAGUAAAGUUCAAUCAUCAAAAACAGAAAUAUCAGUUGUCAAGGAAACGCAUGAAGAGAUCUCAUAUUUGAAUAAAGAUUGGGGAAUGGCUUCACUUGAUUCAAUCACCUCAAGUCAUGUGACAGUUACUGACCAAUCGACACUGGUUGUAAAUAAGACUGACCAAUCACAGCCUACUGGGGAUUCACGACGGAGUUCUACUAGCACAGGAAGUUCAAAUUCUCGUAAAUUACCCAAAACUACGCAUAAUCUCGGAGAAGAAUUCGAAAUUAAGAGUAUUAAAGUGAAACCAGUGAGUGAUAGUUUUGAUUUUUUUGCCGAUAUGGCUCCAGAAAUCAAAACAGACGACAAACUUUCAAAAUUAUUAGAGACUCCAUCACCCAGUGCUAGUGUGUCUGGUUCUACCAGUACGAAUGUAUCAGGAUUAUCAAGUCCCUUAACUUCGGCAUUCCAAGAUAAGGACACAGACCACAGUAAAACAACCAAAAGUUCUGAUAAAUUUUCCUUGAAUCAGAUCUCUACAUCAGAGGAUGUUGAUGAGAAUACUGGUACUGGUGAUGGUUGGGGUGAAGAUGAUUUAGACUGGGGAAAUGAAUUCUAAAUCUAACUUUAUAUUUCUACUUGGAAAACUACCGGGCUUUCUACAUGUUAAAUAUUAUAUAGAACAGGGACUUGUUGUCAAUUAAACAUAAAGGGGGCUUGUGUUUAAACUUAAGGUGCAGUAUGAAUAUUUCAGAAUAAACUACGUAUUGUUCUUAAAUGGAAAUAACACAAGAACGAAGUUCACGGCCAUUUUGAAUCACUACUUCGACUUAUUGUCAAAUUUUAUAAAAGACUUUAAUAUUUCAACAAAGCCUUCAAAUCAUAUUUAAAGGUUUAGAAAUAGAUAAAUGGCUUUCUGUGUGAUUUGAAGGCUUGGUUGAAAUAUUAAAGAUUUUUCUAAAUUCGACUGUUAUGUCAAGGUAGAGAUUCAAAAUGGCUGUGUGUUAUUUCCAUGUAAGAAUCAAACAUAGUUUUGUAUACCAAUAUCCUGAAAAACAUGUGUUCACUGCCAUUAGAAGAUGUGUUAUUUUUGACAGCUAGUCCCCUGCAUGUUGAUUGGGAUGUUUAUUAUUGUAUUGUAUUGUUUGUUUGUUUGUGGGUUAUAAAAUAUCUAUCUAUCAUCUCCUGGCUUGUUAAUUAACAUAUUCACUAAUUUAUGGUCAAUUUGAAUAAAUUAUUAAAACUU